CAUUGACUCUUCCUCAGACAGUAAUCGUCCGUUACAUGCCCAGCAAAAUGGGAAAAUUCAGUGUUACGUUACUGCUCAUCUUUUGUGCCAGCCACGCAUAUAGUGCCAAAAUUUUGGGUGUGUUCAUGACCCCUAGUUACAGUCAUCAAGUGGUGUACCAGCCAAUAUGGAGGGAACUCUCCCUUAGAGGCCAUGAAGUUACCGUCAUCACACCAAACCCUUUACACGACAGCAAACUCACGAAUUUAACGGAAAUCGAUGUUAGUGCUUCAUACAAAAUUUUCAGAGAUGAAAAUGAGAAGGGUAUGCUCGAGGAGAAAUCACUUCUCGGUGAAAUGAAAAGAUUCUCGAAGAUAUUCGAGAUGCUGGCACAUUAUCAGCUUGGUCAUCCGGACGUUCAGGCUUUAAUCAAGAAUAAAAACCAAACAUUCGAUUUGUUACUAGUGGAAUACCUCUACCCUGCCAUGUACGCUCUCAAGGAUAUCUACAACUGCCCAAUGAUAGGAAUAACUUCUCUUGGUCUUACGCCUUUUGGAAACCAAUUGAUCGGUAAUCCUAAGAAUCCAGCAAUGGAGCCUGAUAUCACCAUGGACGUUUCUGUGAGUCAAACAUUCAAAGAUCGUCUCCUCAGCGCUGCUUUGGAUUUGACUGGAAGAGUAUUAACCCGUUUCGUUCUGAUGAAAAAAUUGGACAAACUUGUAUCACAAUAUAUUGACGAAGACAUCAGACCAAUGCAGGAAAUCGUCCAAGACUUCAGUCUGGUAAUUGUCAACUCAAACUUGGCCAUAAGGAAUGCUAAACCAUCGGUUCCGAACUUAGUGGAAAUUUCUGGAAUACAUAUUCAAAAGCCGAAACCAUUGCCUAAGGACUUGAAACAUUUCUUGGACACCUCCACUGAAGGAGUGGUCUACUUCAGUCUCGGAUCCAACAUGAAGAGCGCUCUUAUACCCGAAGAGAAGUUGGAACUCAUCCUACAAGUGUUCGCAGAGUUGCCAUACAAAGUUUUGUGGAAAUUCGAGAAAGAGAACCUGCUGAACAGGACUGACAACGUUUUCAUACAAAAGUGGCUUCCACAGCAAGACGUGCUGGCACAUCCAAACGUUAAACUCUUCAUUUCCCAAGCCGGUAUUCAGUCAAUUGAUGAGGCUAUUUUCAUGAAGGUACCACUCCUGCUGAUGCCUAUUUUCGGAGAUCAACCUUACAACGCUCACCAUAUGGUAACCAAAGGUGCUGCAUUGUCAUUGGACUACAACAAAUUGAAUAAAGCUGAUUUCAAAAACGCUAUUCUUGAAAUGAUGAGGAAUCCAAAAUAUCAAAACCAUAUGAACGAGCUCAAUGCCAUCGCAACUGAUCAGAUCGUUCCAGCUCUUGAGAAAGCCGUUUGGUGGAUUGAGUAUGUUCUUCGUCACGACGGGGCGAAGCAUCUUAUGUACAAAGGAAGAAACACUCCCUUUUACCAAUACUACAUGUUAGAUAUCAUAGCAGCUUUGGUGAUUAGCUUGGUUACUAUCGCAAUUGUCUUGGUGCAAACGACUAAGGCAACAAUCAAAUUCUUCAGUGUUUCAAGGAAUUACGUACAAAAUAAAAUGAAGAAGACGCAAUAAGGAAAAGAUAAGACUGGGCAUGAAUACUCAUAUUUAUUCUUAUUGUAAAUAUUUUUAUACGGACGAAAAUAUACUCAUUUUUAUACUG